AGAUUAAACAAAUAAUUUCUCAAACAAGUGUGACAUUAUUUAGUCAAAAAAAAGCGACUGGAAACUGACUAUUAAUAUCUCCAUCUGCUUCACAUCUUCUUAACAAUGGCUUCCUUAAUUCAUUUCUUCCUCAUUUCUUCUCUAAUCUUCUUCAUUUCUCCGUCAACUUCCAAACCACUUCCUUUUCAUCCAAAAUCUUUAGUCCUUCCGAUCACCAAAGACAAAUGGAGCCUUCAAUACACCACCCAGAUCAGCCAAAGAACACCGCUCGUCGCCGUCAAAUUAACCGUCGAUCUCGGCGGAAGAUUCAUGUGGGCUGAUUGCGAAAAUGGCUAUUUCUCCUCCUCGUUUAAACCAGUCAGGUGUAGCUCUCCUAUUUGCUCACUCUCCAACUCAGCCUCGUGUUAUUCUGAGUGCCAUGCAAGCCCUAAAUCGCCCGAGUGCCUCAGCGGCACUUGCCAACAUCUUCCCGACAACAGAAUUGCAUUCGUCAGCGGCGUCGGUGACAUUCGUCAAGAUGUCGUUUCUUUUCAGUCUGUUAACGGACAAAACGUUUCGGUACGGGAUUUUCCUUUUGUUUGCAGUCCAGCGUCCGUUUUAGAAAAUCUCGCCGACGGCGUUACUGGCAUGGCCGGACUCGGCAGAAGUAACAUUUCUAUUCCGGCAUACUCUUCUUCUGUUUUUGGUUUCUCCAAAAAAUUCGCCAUGUGCCUCAGCUCCUCCACCAAAUCAAACGGCGUCGUAGUUCUCGGCGACGGACCAACUUAUCCUAAUCUCACCUACACUCCGCUUAUUUUAAACCCAGAGAGUACCGCAGCUUCACUCUACGCCGGAGAACCAUCCGCCGACUACUUCAUUGAUCUGAAAUCCAUCAGACUCGACGGAAAAGAAAUUAAAUUUAACAAAACCCUACUCUCCAUUUUACCGGACGGCAGCGGCGGAACAGUGCUGAGCACGCUUCAUCCCUACACUUCGUUACAUUCUGCUAUUUAUAAAGCUAUUUUCAAAGCUUUUGCCAAGAAGCUGAGCUUAUACGUUAAAGCUGAGCCAAGAAUGCCGGUUCCGUUUGAAGCUUGCUAUAUAACACUCAGCCUUGAAAAUUUCGCUCGGGACAUGCCUCCCAUCGAUCUCGUGCUGGGCAGUGUGGACGGUAAAAAAGAUGUGAUAUGGAGAAUCUCCGGCGAAAAUUCUAUGGUGGCGAUCAAUAGCUACACGAUGUGUUUUGCAUUUGUUGACGGUGGAACAGAAUUAGGAAGAACUCACGUUAUAAUCGGCGGGCGUCAACUAGAAGAUAACUUUUUGCAGUUUGAUAUUGCAAAUUCAAGACUUGGGUUUAGUGGUAAUCAAUGUUUUGAAAACCGGACCGGACCGGCCGGUCGGACCGGAUUAACCGGGAACCGGCUGCCUGUCCGGUCCGGUUUAUGGUGAAAAUCGUCUUUUAUA